GGGGGGCGGCGGCGGCGGGAGCUGGAAUCGCGGUCGGUUAGCGGGUUGAGCCCCGUGCGGGGACGCUGCCCGCCGCCAGCCCCACGCCCGCCCCGCCCCUCUGGGACGCCGGCAGGGCGUGCGAAGCCGGCCGCGUGCCCUGUGCCCGGCCCUGGCGCAGGCUCUUGGGCUUUGUCACGCUUCCGUGACCCCCCAAAGGUUGAAGGCUGCUGGACGGGAGCGCUGCCGAGCUGCGGGCGGCGGGCCCGCGGAGCGCAGGAGCCUGGGAGUGCAAGUUGUGAGCCUCUGGGUGUGGGUUUAGGGGGCCGCCUGGCGUUCGGCCCCGUCUGAGCCUCUCCCGCGGCUGGGAGGCUUUCCCGCCCCAGGGCCUGGAGCUGCGACCCCGGGGCCAUGGCCAGCGUCCCCCAGCUGUUCGACGACCUGUGCGAGGCCCUCCUGCCCGCGGCGAAGGCCCGUCUGGGCCAGCGCGGCGUGAGCCGCAAGAGGGCCAAGCAGGGCCUCAAGAGGGUGGCCUACAACGCUCUUUUCACAAAUCUGUUUCAAGAGGAGACUCACAAGUUGCAGGCCGACCUCUCGAAACUCCCGGUGAAGAACAAGGUCCUCCUGCUGUCCUUCGACCUGAGAGCAGGCGGUCUCGGCCCCGAGGCUGACCGUUUGGAGGAGCUUGUGGAGGAGCUCCAAGCAGCCCCUGGCUGUCCGCUGACGGAAGUGGCGUCUGUUUUGGACCUCCUGGUCCGGCUGGCGGGCAGCGGGCCGCCUCAGGUUCUGCAGCGCAAGCGGGACUACUUCUUUAACAACAAGCAUGUUGGGAGAAACGUGCCCUACAGCGGCUACGACUGCUACGACCUGAGUGUGUUUGAGAUGGACGUUCAGUCUUUGAUCUCCAGAGAGGAGUACUUAUGUCAGGACAUGGUCCGGAAAGCGCUUCAGGUGAUGGAGGCGGCACCAGGCACUGGCCUGCCCACCGUUGGGCUCUUCUCAUACGGUGACCCUUGCAGCGACAGGUUUGAGAGAGACACCCGGGUCUCGCUUUUCGGUGCCCUUGUGCACAGCCGCACAUACGACAUGGAUGUCCGGCUGGACCUGCCCCCGAUGCCUGACAGCGCAGACCUCUCUGGACUAGCCAUUAAGGUUCCUCAGAGUGUGGAUCAGUCGGAAGAUGAAGGGUUCCAGUCAGCAUCUAACUUGACUCCUGACUCCCAGUCUGAACCAGGCAUGACCCCGGACAUCGACCUGUGGGAUGCUGUGCUCACCUACGAGGCCAGCAAGCGGAGGUGCUGGGAACAAGUUGGAUGCCCCCCCGGCCACAAGGAGGAGCCCUACCUCACCGAGGCGGGAAGGGACACCUUCGACAGGUUCUGCAGGCUCCGCCAAGGGGAGCUACAGGUGCUGGGCGGGGGCCUCCUGCAGGCCCCACAGCCCGUCCUGGUGAAGGAGUGCGAACUGGUGAAAGACGCACUGAAUGUCCUGAUCGGGGUCGUGUCUACCACGUUCUCCCUCUGCCAGCCAGCUCAGACCUUCAUGGUGAGGCGGGGUGUCCACGUGUCUGGAGCGUCCCCCGAGAGCAUCAGCAGCCUGCUGUCAGAGGUGGCCGAGUGUGGGACACACUACGCACGCCUGAGCCAGUUCUCCCUGCAGCCUCUACUGGACUCUUCAUGCAGCAAGGGCCUCGUGCUCCAGGCCUUCACCAGCGGCCUGAGGAGGUACCUACAGUAUUACCGGGCUUGCGUUCUCUCCACUCCACCCACCCUGAGCCUCCUCACCAUUGGCUUUCUCUUCAAGAAACUGGGCCGGCAGCUCAGGUACCUGGCCGAGCUCUGUGGUGUGGGCGGCGGGGGACCGAGGGCCGAGUUCCCGACCGGGGUGAGGCUGCUGUCCUACCUGUACCAGGAGGCCCUGGACAACUGCAGUAACGAACACUACCCGGUGCUGCUGUCCCUGCUGCAGACCAGCUGCGAGCCCUACACGAGGUUCAUUCACGACUGGGUCUACAGCGGGCUCUUCCGCGAUACUUACGGCGAGUUCAUGAUCCAGGUGAACCACGAGUACCUGGGCUUCAGAGAUAAGUUUUACUGGACCCACGGCUACGUGCUCAUUUCCAAAGAGGUGGAGGACUGUGUCCCCGUGUUCCUAAAGCAUAUCGCACACGACGUGUAUGUCUGCGGGAAGACCAUCAACCUUCUGAAGCUCUGCUGCCCCCGGCACUACCUCUGCUGGUCCGACGUCCCUGUCCCUCGGAUCUCGGUGAUUUUCUCCCCGGAGGAGCUGAAGGAGGUGGAGAGGGACUGUGCCAUCUACGUGGGGCGCAUGGAGAGGGUGGCGCGCCACAGCUCCAUCAGCAAGGAGGAGAAGGAAUUACGAAUGGAAAUCGCCAAACAAGAAUUGAUCGUCCAGGCCCGGGAGGCAGCAUCCAGGGUCCUGCGAGCGCUCAGUGACCGGCAGACGUCUGAACGCAUGGCCUUGGAUGCCCGGAAGCGAGAGCAGUUCCAGCGGCUGAAGGAGCAGUUUGUGAGGGACCAGGAGAGGCGCCGGGCGGCCAGGCAGGAGGACCCGGACGGCGACUUCGGCUAUGCCCGAGAGCUCCGUGACAGGGAGAGGAGGCUGAGGGCCCUGGAGGAGCAGCUGGAGAGGAAGGCGAGGCAGGCGCUGGUGGACCAUUACAGCAAGUUGUCUGCAGAAGCGGCUCGUCGAGAGCAGAAGGCGCUGUGGAAGAUCCAGAGGCACAGACUGGCAGGCGCGCGGCUGCGUUUCCUCGUCGAAGAUGAGAAGCGCACUCGGGAGAUGCUGAAGGACGCGUGCGAGAAGUCCUUGGAGGCCCCAGCCGUCCUCCCUGGUGCACACUCCCAGGCUUCGUCUCCAGGCCCCGAGCACUUAGCCGGAGGCAGCACCUGUGACUCUGGGGAUGCAGGGCGGCACGUGGCUGCUUAUGAUUGCCCGAGCGCCCAGACACCGCGGCUCCCCCGGCCUCUGGUGGCGGCGGUCUGUGGCCCGCAGCCAGAGCGGGUGGACAGGCCGGGGCCAUUUUCCGAGGGCCUCGGUAUCCAAGACUUCCUGCCCACGGCCCGGGAGGCUGGAGAGGCUGAGCACGCUGGUGUGGCCCCCAUCCUGGAGGAGGCGCUGCAGACCAUCGGCUCAGACCUGCCUCCCUCUGCUGUGUCUGAAGUGGCGGGCACAGAGCCCUCUGGGCCACAGGAGUAUGAUUUCAGAACUAUCCUGAGGCCGGCUGUGGUCACCUUGGCUUCCCCAGCGUCUCUCCAGACUGUAGGAGGUGGCUUGAGUAAUGAGGGGCAGCAGUUGUGGGGGGACAGUCUCAUGCAGCUGGAGAACACAUGUGUCCCAGAUGGGCCAGUGGCUGUGCCUCACUCACACCCCCCUAGACUCAGAUCCUCCCAGGAAGGGAGUAGCCAGGCCAUGGGGCAGCUCCUUGGGCAUGUGCCAGGGGGCAGCAUUCCCGCAGGGGGUUAUGCUUCUGGGAUGGCUCCCUCGCGACCACAGUGGAACGUCCACGGACACGUGUCUGACGCCAGCAUCAAGGUGGGAGAGAAUGUGUGCGACGUGGCCCCCUCCCGACCACGAUGGAACGUCCACGGACACGUGUCUGACGCCAGCAUCAAGGUGGGAGAGAAUGUGUGCGACGUGGCCCCCUCCCGACCUCGAUGGAACGUCCACGGACACGUGUCUGACGCCAGCAUCAAGGUGGGAGAGAAUGUGUGCGACGUGGCCCCCUCCCGACCUCGAUGGAACGUCCACGGACACGUGUCUGACGCCAGCAUCAAGGUGGGAGAGAAUGUGUGCGACGUGGCCCCCUCCCGACCUCGAUGGAACGUCCACGGACACGUGUCUGACGCCAGCAUCAAGGUGGGAGAGAAUGUGUGCGACGUGGCCCCCUCCCGACCUCGAUGGAACGUCCACGGACACGUGUCUGACGCCAGCAUCAAGGUGGGAGAGAAUGUGUGCGACGUGGCCCCCUCCCGACCACGAUGGAACGUCCACGGACAUGUGUCUCAGUCCCGUGUGGUGCUGGGUGCACUCUCUGGGGAAGACCAGCCCAAUAUACCCGCGCCCUACCAGAGCCCCACUGACCACGAGUCCCAGUCAGGCCUCAGCCUGGGAGCACAGAGCCCUGUCGGGGGGCAUGAGCCACGGCGGCCUGCAGACAGGGCCUCAGAUGGUUCGUGUAGUCACGUGGUCAGCUCCGGCAGUGGGGAGGCGAGUGACCAGGCUUCGCUGUCUGCAGUGGCUGCAUCUGGGGCUCUGGGAGACAGUAUCCCUGAGGAGCCAGGACCAGGGAGAAGUGGGGACACUGAGGACCUCUCUCCAAGCCACCCUUCAAGCUCACAGGAAGGCGUGGCUACCGGGAGCAGCCCUGGCCUUGGUGAGGAGGAGGCUGCGGCCCACCGCUGGGGCCAGGAGCAGGCCUACCUGACGGGCCUGGCGGAGCAGUACCGCCUGGAGCAAUACCCGGACAGCUACGAGGCCAUGUCAGAGCCUCCUGUCGCCCACCUGCUACACCACGGGCUUCCGCGGGCCUUCUCCCUCCCCGAGGAACCCCGGGUCCGGUCGGAUGCAGAUGAGACAGCGGUGGAGCUCAGUGAGCUGCUGCCGCUGCCCGUGCUCAUGAAGCACUCCAUCACGGCCCCGCUGGCCGCGCACGUCUCCUUGGUGAACAAGGCUGCGGUGGACUACUACUUCGUGGAGCUCGGCCUGGAGGCGCACUUUGAGGCCCUGCGGCACUUCCUGCUCAUGGAGGAUGGAGAGUUUGCCCAGUCCCUCAGCGACCUGCUGUUUGAGAAGCUGGGGGCGGGGCAGACGCCCGGGGAGCUCCUCAACCCGCUGGUGCUCAACUCGGUGCUGAGCAAGGCCCUGCAGUACAGCCUGCACGGGGACACCCCGUAUGCCGCCAACCUCUCCUUUGCCCUCAAGUUCCUGCCCGAGGCGUUUGCCCCCAACGCCCCGGACGUGCUGAACUGCCUGGAGCUCAGGUACAAGGUGGACUGGCCCCUCAACAUCGUGGUCACCGAGAGCUGCCUGAGCAGGUACAGCGGCAUCUUCUCCUUCUUGCUGCAGCUGAAGCUGAUGAUGUGGACGCUCAAGGACAUCUGCUUCCACCUCAAGCGCGCAGCCCUGGUGAGCCGCGCUGCCGGCUCCGUGCAGUUCCGCCAGCUGCAGCUCUUCAAGCACGAGAUGCAGCACUUCGUGAAGGUCACGCAGGGCUACAUCGCCAACCAGAUACUGCACGUCACCUGGUGUGAGUUCCGGGCCCGGCUGGCCGGGGUGGGCGACCUUGAGGAGAUCCAGCGUGCGCACGCAGAGUACCUGCACAAGGCCGUCUUCAGGGGCCUGCUGACCGAGAAGGCUGCACCUGUCAUGAAUGUCAUCCAUAGCAUCUUCAGCCUGGUCCUCAAGUUCCGCAGCCAGCUCAUCUCCCAGCCCUGGGUCCCGGCUGGCGGCCCACGGGGUGCCGAGCACCCCAACUUUGCCCUCAUGCAGCAGUCCUACAGCACCUUCAAGUACUACUCCCACUUCCUCUUCAAAGUGGUGACCAAGCUGGUGAACCGCGGCUACCAGCCCCACCUGGAGGACUUCCUGCUGCGCAUCAACUUCAAUAGCUACUACCAGGAUGCCUGAGGCCACGACACAGGUGCCGGCCCCCCCCCCCCCCAGCACCUGGCCUUCCCGGGAGGGCUGGUCAGGGUGCAGCGACCACACAGAGACGGGCCAGGGAAGCUGCUGGUUUAUUUGGGAACCGUGUCUGCCCGGUAGGUAGGGGGCCGGGGCCGCUCUGCCCACCUGGGCCUGCUCCCCACUGCUGAGCUCCUGUCCUCGCACCUCCUGUCCUCGCACCAAGCGGCUUUUAUGGGGAGCGCACUGAGCGUGGGGUGGGGCUGCUGAGUCUGUGUCAGACAGAGACGGGUCAGGUCCUGACUGGACGUCUCGGCCGUCAUGGAGAGACGGGGCGUGGGGUUGCCCGCUGGGUGCCCACCGCCUCAAGGACUCAGUGGGGCUCGAGGCCUCGGGGGCUCCACGUGUGGAGGCCUCCGAGGCAGUUACGAGGAUCACGUCACGCACAGUUCUGCCGCCCACAGCGGGGGCUUGCUGCCGUAGGAGUGUCCCCCGCCGUGUGCCCCGCCGGCCCCCUCGGCCUCCAGGACCUCGGCGGCCUCGCCUUCCCUGUGGUAGGGGGCCUCCAGGAGCUUCAGCACCCGCCGCACCUGGAGAAGAGCAAGAAGAGGGGUUUUAGGGCCUGCCCGUCCCUCCUCACCCAGCCCCUGCUGCCGGACCCAGGGACGGAGGAGGGGCAGGUGUCUGCUCGCCUCUGAGAAGUCUCCGUUCUCGGCAGCCUCGAUGGCAUUCUGUGCGAUGUAGUUCCGCAGGACGUACUUGGGGUUGUUAGCACGCAUGACGCGCAGGCGCUCGGCCUGCCAGGUGUCACUGUCGCCGGCGCCCUCCCUGUCCUUCUCCAGCCGGGCUCUGGAAUCACGUCCAAGUUCAUCUUUCCAGCAGAUACCCCCUCCCACGUCUCCCGGGCUUGGUUCCCUGCAUGGGGAGUCGUCUGCAGCCACGUCACGGGGAGAUGGUGACGCGGGCGGUCAGCGCCCCGACCUGGAGCCUCACCGACCCCGGAUGGCAGGGCCGGCCUCACCUGUACUCCUGGAGCCAGUCGGCCCAGUGGCUCCUGUUCCUGCUCAGAAGCUCAGCCGAGCUCAGCUGCUCCAGCCGCGACUGCUGCUCCACGCGCUCCAGCUCCUUGGUGACGUUGGCUCGGGUGCCGAUGAGCGCGAAGAGCUGAGGGUUCGACUGCGCCAGCAUCAGCAUCAUGGAGAGCUGCCUGUGCAGAGGGGCAGCGUGAGGCGCGUCCCGACCACUGGGCGCCCGGAAGAUGGCUGUCUGGGCACGGAGGAGGUGGCAAUGGCUUCAGCGGCUCUGCUGUGCCACCGCCGACAGCCCCGGUGUGUGUGUGUGUGUGGGCGGGGGUGACCCGGGCCGACGGGCGAGGCAGCCAUCCACCCCUGCUCUGCGACAGCCCUUCCGUGCCGUGGAACAAGUGCACCCCGAGGGGCGGGUGCCGCAGGCUGACUUCUCCCUGCUGCUUGGCCCCUGCCUGUGUCCCGACCCCACAGUGACUUCCCCCAGGGGAAGGUCACUGCUGGCUGCUUCUCCACAGUGACCGCAAAGCUGGGUCCUCGAGGGCCCGGCGAGCAGGGACAGCACUGACACCCCCUUCCCCAGUCACGCUGGCUUUGUGUUCCGUAGGCCCUGCUAGCCGGUCCUCCCUGUGCGUCCUGGCAGCCAGCAGCCACUCCCCACAGCGCUGCACUAAAUUCUCUCGAACCACA